GUGACCCUGAUGCGCUCACUUCCCAGCCCAUGCAUGGACACAAGCAGCCUGGGGCCCCAGUGGGUGCAGGUUACCAGCAGCCCCCUCUUUCUGCCCUCCAUAUAACACAGCCCCAUUCCAGGUCUGCGCUGAGGGUGAAGCCUGGGACCUGCUCCGUCCUGAUGGCCAAGCCCUGCACAUGAUGGACAUCACACCCCUGGGCCUGUAGGUAGCUGGACCCCAGGGGCUGGCACCCCAACACCCAUCGUGGGGAUGGGUCUGGUCAAGGAGCCAGGGCAAGCAGAGGUGAAAGGACAUGGUUCUCCACGUUCACUCUCAUCUCUCUGCUUCUAGAAUGGUGGAGGAGGCGAUGGAGGUCGCUGUGUCCAACGCCCAAAAUGCCAUCGGCAUCUACACAUGGGGGCUAGGGGCUGCUCCAGCUGCUGGACCCUCAGCCACACAGGGGUGGGGGGCUUGGCUGAUGCCCCAGGCAGGGAUCCCAGGUCCUGGCACCACGCAGUGCUGUUCACUCCAGCCUCUCCCCAGGGCCUGCAGCCUCUUCACCCUCACCGUGGAGCAGCAGCUGGAGGGCGGCAGGCACCAGCGCUCAGCUCUGCGCAUUCUGGCAUCCUCUGGAGCCUGUCCUGAGCUGGUUCCCCACCCUGUGCUCCAAGCACCAAGCACGGGGGCCCUGCCCUGGAUCGUGGAGCGGCUGCUGGAGGGGAACAGCCUCACCUUCCUGCUGCUGUGCGUGACACUGCCAGGCACCCCCGGAGAGCAGAUCCGGGCAGCCCUGGCACUGGCUGAGCAGGUGAAGGGGGUGAACAAAUCGGUGUCACCCACACACUGGGACCCCGCAUGGGAGGUGGCAGCGCGGCGGGAGAAGAUCCGAGGGCUGCGGACAGAGCUGCAGGAGGCAGCGGGCCGCCCUGAGCAGCACAGAGUGCUGGUGCAGCUGCAGAGAGCCCUGCGGGAGCUGCAGGUGCUGAAAAGCCAAAGGUGGGAGAAGAAGCAGGCGGUGACCAGAGUGUUUUGGACAAACCAGGUGCAGCAGCCCAGUGCCAAGGACUUGAUCUCUGCAGGGAAUGCAGCACCAACACAACAGCCCGGGACCCAGAUGACCCCAGAUGGCACCAGCAUGGAGCUAGCAGGAGCAUUGGAGCCCAGCAAGAGCUGCAAAGCAGGGACCAGCCAAGCCCCAAGGAGUGCAGGGCAGGGUUUGAUGGAUGAGCCAUGGGCACUAACUGGGGGACACACAGCAGGGAAGCAGCACGAGCCAUGCCUGUCUGCAGAAGUUGGAUACUCCCUGGCAGACGACCAGAGGCAGCAGCUGCAGGCUCGGCACCAGCUGCUCCUCCAGCAGGAGCUCCAGGACAAGGCAGCAUCAGAUCAGGAGCAGGAUGCAGCUCACUUGCAACAGGAGAUGGCCGUGCUGCAUCUGAGCCUGGAGGCAGCAUGCAGGGAACGAGAGGCAGCCAAGCAGCACCUGGAAGCCCUGCUGCAGGGCCACAGGCAGGAGAUGCAGGCCUGGAGGCAGCACCUGCAGCAGGCGCUCCAGGACCAGCGGCGCCAGGGAGAGGAGCGGGCAGAAGCACUGAAGCAGCGGUACCAGGCACUGCUGCAGGAGGUGCUGCGGGAUGCUGUGGAGCUCUCCACACACAACCAGGAGCUGCAGGAGGCCAGAAGACACAGCUCAGCCGAUGCCACCACACAGACACCCUGAGCCAGAGUCCCUGAGCAGUGGGACAGCCACCCAGGCAACAAGGACAGAGCGGGUGCUGGUCCCUCCUGCUGCUGCCAGCGGACAGGCAGGCCACAGCAACAACUGCUGCUCAGCACAACACCUCCAGUCCAACCCACGCUGCCUUCUGAACAGCACAGGCAGGGCUCUCUGUGGCACCAGACUGACACAGACAUGAGGCUGCAGCUGGCACCAUGGGAGGGCUCAUGGCCCCAGGGGUGCUGCCGAGCGCAAUAAAGUGGGUGCCCCCACACCAUGGAGUGUCGGGCUCAGAU